AUGCCUUCCGGCUUUGAAAGGCUACUGCAUCACUCCCCGACUCCAUCGCCGCCGCCGCGACGAACAUCUACCACCUCACGGUAUCACCUCUUCAUCCGACAGCAGCCCAUAGCAGCUCGGGCUUGCGGUGCCGGAGACCGAGACCGUCGACCUGUAGACCCACCACCCAUCAUCCAAUUGCUCUUGACGGACUUUGACCCCAAAGGACCAGACGAUAUCGACGUUCUCCAAGAUCCACGCUUCACCGUGGGCUGCUUCCUGGUCCCCGAAACGCGAGGUUCCUUUUCAUCCGAUCUCGAUGGCGACAGCGCCCUACGAGAGGAUCGCCUCGGAACUGCUCCCGGUCAGUCCACACCACUACUGUCGGGCAAAGCAUUUGUUUCGCCUUUCUUCGUCGAUGAAGAUCCAGAUCCAACUACCGCUCCCAGCCACCCAUCAACGUUCGACUACAUCCCCGAGAGAAGAAUGCAGCUCGCUCCCCCUACCAACGGAGGCAGACAUCCCGCGGCCUUCUUCAUAUUCUCCGACCUCUCCGUACGUACAGCUGGACUGUACCGCUUGCAAUUCCGGCUCAUGAAUUGGGGUCUUGUCGAAGAUACAGGGCAAUCGAUGCCCGUUCUUGCCGAAGCAUGGUCUGAUCCUUUCCGCGUAUACCCUGCUAAAGACUUUCCCGGCAUGAGAGACUCCUCGCGUCUCACGGAAGGUCUAAAGGAGCUUGGAUUUGUCGAACUCAAGACCAGGGGGAAAGGCAAGGGCAAAGGUCGAAGAAGGUAA